AUGCCUCUCCAAGUGCUUAUUAUUGGCGCCGGCAUUGGUGGUCUAUGUACUGCUGUCGCACUUCAGCAAGCCGGCCACUCUGUGAAGGUCUUAGAGAAGUCUCGGUUUGCCGCCGAGGUGGGUGCUGCAAUUCUCGUAACCCCUAAUGGGGCGCGCGUGCUAUCUCGCCUGGGUUUCGACUUUGCGAAGGCUCGAGCUGAUGAUAUGACAUGCUUUGAGGUAUUGAAUGGUGUCACGCUGGAUCCCCUUCACCGUGCAGAUUUAAUCAAUGCUCGCGAGGAGUUCGGAGCGCCCCUCUAUACUGUGCAUCGUGUAGACUUGCACAACGAACUUUUACGUCUAACCUCCACCCUGGAUCUUGAAUUGGCAUCGAAAGUGGUAGCAGCUAAUGCCGAAGAAGGCUUUGUGAUACUCGAAGAUGGAACACGGUAUUAUGCGGACCUCAUCGUCGGUGCUGACGGAUUGCAUUCCGUCUUGAGGGGCGUAGUGCUAGGCGACGAAAAAGAGGCGAAAUCUACCCCCUCAGGACUAAGUGCAUUCCGGUUUAUGAUACCAACAUCUGACCUAGAGGAUGAUGCACACUUUCGUGAGCUGCAGAAAGUAAAAGGGAGAGGUAACAGUGUUUUAGCAGAUACAACCUCUCAGACAGAACGACAUAUGGUUUGGUAUACUUGUCGAAAGUAA